AUGUCUGUGGUACUGAAUCUGUUUCUCUAUUUUGUGUCGCCAACCGUGGUGCCAACCAUCUCGCAUCAUUUAUUUCUCAGGGAUCCGCUGAGUCACGGCCUGUACCCUCACUACAGUAUGGCUACAGGGGCUGAAGAUGACGACCUAGACUUUGUUCCCGUGGUGCCGGGCCAGCAAGAUCACGACCAGAGGUGUGUUACUUUGAAGGAUGUGUUUGUGUACCUCUCCCCUGAAGAAUGGAAGCUACUUGAUGAGGAUCAGAAAUAUCUGUACCAUGAUGUGAUGCUAAAUAUCUUUCUAUAUGUGCUUUCAUUGAGACUUCCAAUUACCAGAUCCUGUAUGCUUACUCAGCCAGAGCCAGAGAGCGAGCCCAGGAAGCCAGACAGCGUAGAUGUAGCUCCGGAUAAUGCAAAGACAACCAAGAGAAGGUCUGGCCCUGGUUAUUGGUAUACAGAGAUGGAUGAAGAUGUGCAUUCUGAAGAAGGUGUUUUGGAGAGAAUAUCUCAGGUGAGAAGUCCUGAGGCAAGCCCUAGCACCCAAGAGACCCAAUCCUGUGACAUCUGUGAGCAGAUUGUAACAGGAAUUCUGCACCUGGCAGAACAGGGAACAACCAGUGGGCUGCAGCCAUACAUAUGUACAUCAUGUGGGAGAGACUUAUGGUUCAAUUUGCAGCAGUGUGGAGAGAAAUUCUCCAGAGGAGGAAAGGGCCAGUCCUCAUUUGUGAAUAGCCUUGCAUACCUUGUUUCAGAGAAGGCCUUCACUUCCAGGGAGGAUGGGCAGGACUUCUUGACCAACUCUGACCUUGUCCAGCACCAGGCCACUCACAAUGAGGAAAAUCCACACAGGAGCACUGGAUGUGGAGAGGCCCAGCAGACUGGACAAAGUCAAAGGUGCAGUGAAUGUGGGGAAGUUUUCAGACACAAAGACCAACUUACUCAGCACCAGAAAAGCCACACAAGAGAACAAUCUUAUGAGUGCAUUGAAUGUGGAAAAUCCUUUAGCCGAAGCCAGCACCUUACACUGCACCAGAAAAUUCACAGAUCAAUGCCUUUUAAGUGCAAUGAUUGUGGGAAAUUGUUUAGCUGCAGGUCCAGUCUUGUUAUACACCAGACAGAUCACACAAGAUCAAAGCCUUAUGGGUGUGCUGAAUGUGGGAAAUUUUUCAGCAGACAUUCCGUCCUUGUUCAACACAAGAUAACUCACACUGGAGCAAGACCUCAUGGGUGUGAUGAAUGUGGGAAAAACUUCCACAACAGAGAAAUACUUGCUAAGCACAAGAAAACUCACAGUGGAGAAAAGCCUUAUACAUGCAGCAUUUGUGUAAAAAGCUUUAAACGUAAAUAUGUAUUUAUAGACCACAUAAAAGUCCACACUAAAAAACCCUCUUAUGAAUGUAAUGAAUGUGGGAAAUUGUUUGAAAGAAAUGGCAACCUUUUAAUACACAAGAGAACUCACAGUGUAAAAAGGCUUUAUGUGUGCAGCGAUUGUGGGAAAGCAUUCACCACUAGGUCCCACCUUACACAGCACCAGAAAGUUCACACCAGAGCAGUGCCUAUGGAUGAAGUGAAUGUGGAAAGUUCUGUGGUGGCAACUCCAGAACAUUCUACACCCAAAACUUCACACUAG